AUGUCCCAUAAUUCUACUCUGGAAAAUUUAGACAAUGUCCCUGUUUAUCAAAGAUACGCUGUCACUUUAGAUGACAUUAAGAAAUCCAAAGCUGCCAAAGUGCCUCCAAAAGUUAAAGGUCAUCUUGCUAACCUUCUAGAAGCCAUGGACAGUUAUUGUGACAAUCCAGAAACAUAUUUUGCAAACAAAGCAAAUUGUGAACCUCCGUCCAGUAAAAAGUUUGAGAGUGCAGUUUUAAAUGCCUCAGUUGUAUCAGAUCUGUCAAAUUUAAGUUCACCAAGUGAAAAUGAUUUUGGAAUUAUUGAUAACUGUGUUGAAAUUGUUCAAAGAAAUGUUGAAACUGUCAAUAAUAUAUGUAACCACAUUUGUGAAACUGCUGAAUGUCAAAACAAAGUAUUAGAUAGUGUUACCUCUGGUUCGGAUCAACCACCCAGAUUAAGUGUUAAUGAAAUGAAUGGCCAAACUGUAACUGAAACAGAACAAAGCUAUAAAGUCAAGAAAAAUGAUAUUGGGGAACUAGAUGAGAUUAAAUUGAUGAGUGGACCAGUGAUCAGUGCUGCUGAUUGUGACAGUAAAGAAGAGGAUUUAGAGGGUUUUCAAAAAGUUGUUUCUAAGAGGAAAAUGUCACCUAGAAGUGUUCAAAGUGAUGAUCAGUCAGUUUGGAGAAUUCAUGGGACAAAUGCCAUACAGGUAGAUGGUCUACCACAGAACUGUGAGUUGUCAGAAUUGCAAAGUAUGGUGGCAGGAUUUGGUACUGUUUUGGACUACCAAGUCCUACAUGUCAGGGGGAAAGAUUCUGUUAGAUUUAAGCUUAACAGCUCAGAUGCCUGCCAGUUUGCUGAACAGUGUCUUGAUGAUACAGACUGUCUUUUCCCUGAUUACAACUGCAAAUUGACCUGCCAUCAGCUGCAGACAGGAGCAGAUGAAUGAUUGGAGGUGCCUGGAGUAAAAUGUAAAGCUACUUGAAAUAUAUUUUUUUCCAUUUAGAUUUUCUUACCAAAACCUGUUUAAUAUGACUAAAAGGUCAAAUUUCAGAAAAUUAUAUUGUCUUUUUAUAAGAAAAUUUAUUUCUGGUUUUGAACGUUACUGUGUCAUUAAUAUUUGUGAUGGUCCAGAUUAAUUUUCGUGGAUUUUGAGGUCAAGACAAUCCAUUAAAAAGCAGUUCAGAUGUUCACCAAACUUGGUCACAAUGUUCAUGGGUAUAAUAUCUCCUCCAAGUUAGAUAACAAACUUGAUCCUCCAGAUCUCUCGGGAGUUAUGGCCUUAAUUGAAAUUGCUAAAAGUGUCAGUCUCCAUUCUGUUAACUUGAACAGUUCUUAUCUAACAUUCACCAAACUGGUCACACUGUUUAUUGGCCUAAUAUGUCAGCCAAGCGAUAACCAGCUGCAUCCUCUGUCACUCUUGAGUUAUGGCCCUUGAAUAAGUCAAAAUUGUGAAAAUUGACAAUUUCAGCUCCCUGACUUAAGCAUUUCUUAUCCAUUGUUCACCAAAAUGGGUCACAAUGUUUAUAGGCAUAAUAUGUCAGACAGUCUGAUAACCAGCCAGAUAAUCCCAGCCUCUCUUGACAUAUGGUCCAUAAAAUUACUUAAAAUUUUGAAAGUUGACAGUGUCCGCUUAAUAACUUGAGCAGUUCUUAUUCAGUGUUCUCCAAACUUAUAGUAAGAAUGUUUAUGGGUACAAUGUUUUGGCCAAGUUUGAUAACUAGAAAAAUUUUUUGUUGAUUUGGAGCCCUUGUUUAAGUUGAUACUGAGAAAAUUGACAACAGACCUGCUCAAUAAGUAGUUUUAUUGUAACAAUUAAAAGUUAUAUGCUGUGAUGGACUUACAUUGCGGAUGUUUGGCACUCAUGUUCAAAACUUGAAGUCUUCUAAUUUAUAUCCCCAUGAGACAGCUGUUUUGACCAAAACCAGGAAAUUUCAUGUCUAAGAAAUUGAAUUAUUUUACACUUCAUUUGGAUGCAGAACUAAGACUUCAGUAUGAAUGCCAAAUUAUAUAGUGAAGAAGUAUCUUAUCUACAGAUUCUAGGAGGGUGUGUUCACCACUUGAAACCUCUUUGUGACUCACACGUCUGUGUAGAGAAUCAGAUUCUGCAUACGUAGAGAUCUAUGUCAGCAUGAUCAGCAAUAAUACACUCCCAUCUUCCAGAAACUGACUGCUGCUGUUAAUUUUGAGACCUGUCAGUGGAGCAAUAGAAUCUGUCUGCUUAAGACCAAAUGAAAUAAGAACAUUAUGCCAAUUUAGGAAGUUAGGAGACAGACUAAGGCUGGUUCAACUGUGUUUCACAAACAUUGGAUUACCGUGUCAACACUGGGAAUGAGACUCUCGGGAAUGGACUUUUGAAAGAUUGUUCGACUGUAAAUAUAGACUAUUUAUUUAUUGGUCUUGCAGGUACUAAAAACUGCUGUUAAUUUCAGAGCAACUGAAUGUUUUACAUAUGUGUACAUCUGUCUUCUUAAUCAGUUUGUAAAGUAAUACUGUGUAACAGCCGUAACUGCUGGUACAAAAUAUUCUUCAAUUACUCUACAUUGCAUAUUCAGGGAUUUUGAAACUUGCACUGUUAGACUUGUUGUUAAAGUGACAUUUGUAGAACUUGGGCCUGUAAUGUUUGAAGUCUGAAACAGCAACUAUUGAAUUUAUUCUAACUUUGCUUAUAGGAAACCUUUAAUUACCAAAUUUUGCCAAGAUGUCCGUAUUUGUGGAACAUACAUUCCUGUAAUCUUCCAUUACAAUCUGUACAAGUUUCACAAAGCAAGAGCAAAUUGAAAAUUUAGCAUUUCUGAGUCUUAGUCUAAAGUUUCAGCCUUAAAACAUUGAUAAAUACAGGCAUGGUUGAAUGUCUUCCUUAAUGAAAAAAUUGAUUGCCAAUUUAUAGACAGCAAGCAGUUGUAAAGUUGUUUGUGUGAAAUCUUAAUUCAAGUGUGUUCACCUUUGAGUAGGAAGACUAAGUGGUUAUGAAAUUGGUACAAUUUAACACAAAUGAUAUUAUUUGAAAGUGUAGACUCAGAUUGUUUUUAUAGUGAAAAACUUGUUAGAGAUGUGUUUUAAUCCUUCCACUCCCUCCACUUUGAAGGAAGAGAGUAUUUUGUUUUGACAGUAUAUUUGGAAACAAAUACCGUUUGGUUUAUGAUCAUGAACUGCACUGCAGAACCCUUGAGCAUUUAGUAACCAAACCUCAUAGGCUGUUAUGUCUAUUGUCAGUACUUACAUGUAGGAGAUAACUAUUCUUUUGUGGCUCAGUAGAUUAAGGGGACCUCAAAACAGAAAUGCUUUGUUAAUAAAUAGGUGGAGUAUGCUUUUGGAUGACUUUUAAUCUGAUUUGAUGAUUGCCUGUGGUCAGUAGAUUGACUGUAGUUUCAUAGUUGUUGUUUGUUUUUUUUUUGUUCAGAAGGCCAGUAGAUUUGCCAUGUUGUUUUGGAGGUCACUGUGCCAAAGGUCAAACACACAUCAUACCUGUAACUUUAACCUAUACUUCCAGCCAUUGUUUUGGGCAUACUUAAUUUACAAAAAACUCUUCUUAGCUCAACUGAUUUUUUGAAAAAAAAAAGAUGAGUUAUUGUCAUCACUUGAUCUGCGUCGGCGUUGCCUGGUUAAAUUUGUGUUUAGGUCAGCUUUUCUACUAAACUGUCAAAGCUAUUGCUUUACAACUUGCAACACUUGGUCACCAUCAAUAGCUGACUCUGUACAGCAAGAAACAUAACUCCAUCUUGCUUUUUGCGAGAAUUAUGGCCCCUUUUAGACAUAAAAAAUAUCAGAUUUCUUGGUUAAGUUUUGUGUUUAGGUCAUCUUUUCUCCUUAACGGUCAAAGCUAUUGCUUUAAAACUACAUGUAUUAAACAGAGACAAAAAAAUCAGAUGAGCGUCUGCACCAACAAGGCGGUGCUCUUGUUUUUACUCAAGAUGGCCAGAGAGGUAUCUGUCAAAGACAGUUUUUGGUGAAUGUAUUUUUGAAUUAGAAAUCAAUGAUAAAGGAUGUUUUAUUUGGUGGAGUAGAACACUGUAAGUAUGAAUAGUUAUUUCCAAGGCCUAGCAGUGUAACUUGAAUGUAAUUCUGUAAGAAAAAAAAGUGACAGAGCAAAUCUCUGUUACAUUAGGAAUAUUGCCUUAUUCCUUGGUUUAUGUUACUAUUAACAUAGAUACUCUUCAAAAUGGAGUAAGAAUUUGUAGUCUAAAAUUGGCCUAGCUAUGUGUGAGAAGGCUGUACAUAGUAGUGCCAUGUAUAUAUUUCAAAAUCAAAAAGUUGCAUUAGUUUACUAUUUUUGUAACACAGUUUUAAUGUUUUAUUUUUGUAAAUGAAUUUGAAGGAUCAGUUUUGAAUUUUUAUGAUUUUAUAUUUGCUAUGCUGAGAAAAUCUUUCAUAUUUAUUUUUGUUGAUAUUUUCAUAGGUUUGGUUAACUAUACACUUUGUUCAGUUUUUCUAAUCUCAAAAUAUUUUGUAUUACUUAUGUCUUGUUAACAAAUUUCAUCUAGCUACUGUGCUGCUACAGAUCUCAGUUAGGUUAGUGAUAUUUGUUAUCUUUAUUUAGCUGUUUAACUACAGUAAUUCCAGUGUCCAUAUAUUUUGAUUUUUGAUUUUAUUUGCUAGUGAGAAAACUGUUUUAGUUAGUUUACUUGUCUGUUUAAUAUAUGUCCAACGACAUUUUUCAACUGUUUUCAAGUUUUCUGUUUGAAAACAGUUGUCCAGUAUUUGAUUGCUGAAAAUUCAUACUAUAUAUAUAUAAUUGCAAUAUUAUGUCUGGAUUGUUUUUUUUUAACCAAACAAGAAUGUAUUAACUGUAUUUGAUUCUAGUCAGGUUUUGAUAAAUGUACAUUGUAAGACAGCUACUGUAGUAUUUAUAACAGCAUAGUCCAAGAUUAUAAAGCUGAGUUUGCAGACCAGUCUCAGGAUGCAGCUUUCGUCAUUGGCUGAUAUCAGGUGUCCACACAAAAUCAACCAAUCAGAUGCUUGAUCUGUUAGACUGGUCACCAAACAUAGUUUUACAACGUUGGACAUAGACCUUCAGCUGAUUUCUUUAUUAUUUUGAUUUUAUUCUAUUUCCUAUAGUUUGUUAGUUUAAAUUUAUUUUUUGUACAUUAAAGAGAAGUUUUUAUAACUUAUAUUUACUACAUCCUGUGACUGCUUCUAGGACUGCUAACUAGUACUUGUGGCUGAGUAAUGGAUUAUACGGACCGGGGUCAAAAUUAUAAUCUAGGGACCAUACAAGAGUUCUUUGCAUACUUCAGCUUUUGCAAAUAUAGUGGUUUUGCACCGGUUACGAGUAAAAAUGUAAACAACGGACUCUGUCUAUGAAUCAUUGGAAUGAAUGAAUGACAGUCGAUCUUAGUCAUAAUACUAAUUGACAGUGAAUGCUAAUGACUUCAUAGUUUGUAACUGUAAUUUCCUGUCAAUUGAAAUCUUCUCAAAACUUUUAAAAUGAUUGCUUAAAUUUGGACAAAGCUCGCUGUCUUCGCCAUUCGCCAGCUGCUAAAAGGGCAAAUAUAAAAGAUUCAGUGUAAGUUAUAUUUCACUGGUACUACCAGUUAGUAAGUUCAUACUCUAAGAAACACGUCAGAGAAAUUUGGGCAGUUUUGACAGAUUGAAAUGUUGGCAAAAUUAGAUAAUAUUUUUUCUUUAUAUGAAAAUUGGCAUUAGGUAACAAAGCGAAUAUGCCAAUAAUCCGGAGUACACCAAACAUGUUAUUGCCACAAAAUUGUUCCAGUUCAGGUAAUGUAGCCAGGAAGAGAAAAGGGGUGCAUUUAAACUGCCUAGCUGUAGCUACUGCUGUUAUAGGGAAGUGGUAAAAUGUCUGCCUUGGGUGUGAGAGGUCCUGGGUUCGAGUCCCGGUCAGACCUUAAAUAUUUGCAUUCUGUUACAGCAUGUAUUUGCGGUUAUCAGACUGUUCCAGAUGUUCUGUAUUUUUAGCGAACAGUAUCAUGAAUCAUUAUUUAGCAGUCCAUUUCACUGCUGAAUGUAAAAUGAAAUGCAUCCAAAUAGAAAAUAUCCAAUAUAUUAUGUCCCUUUGAUGUUUCUGCUCUCCGUGUUCAAGAAUAGUUACAUUUCCUUGAUCACAAAAUUUUCUUUUAUAUGAAAAUAUCAAAUGCUAGUAGCUAUAUGCUUCUGGUUAAAAUAUUGUCAAUAUAUCUAUUUUCAAGAAAUAUAUGGACAUUUGCCUUCAUUUCAAAGCUUUUAAACUUCAUACCUAUUAUUUGAAAAAAUUAGAUACUAUCUCUAUAUAAUCUCAUAGGAUUUGAACCUGCAGCCUUGGGGUUAGAAGUCAAGACCAUAUACCUUGAGACCACUGCACAUUUCUUCCUUCAUGCUGCAUACCUCGUAUAUUAUCUUUACUUUCCUCUAUAUCUUGAAUUAUGUUCAUGUAUUUUUGGAUAUUUUUAAAGUCUGUCAUCUAUAGAAUUGAUUAUUUUCUCCUUUGCAGCUUUGCCUGUGAACAACAAGUACAGACUAACUACAAUUGUUUCCAAAAUCAUUUAAAAUGCUGCUGAAAGUAUAUUUUUGUCUUAGACUUAGAGAAAGUGCAUUGUUGUUAGUAGCCAAAUUUCUGUAUACCAGUAUUGUCCUAUAUUUUUGAUAAGAAAUGUUUGUAUUUCUUCUUGAAUUUUUGGAAGAAAUGUUGAAGUCCAUUAAACAGAUAUAUUUGUUUAUGUCAAAAGCAUGUGUUAUCAUUGUGUGUAAUGAAAAGUAGAGAAAUUAGUCCAGUAGCACAUAUUACAAUUGUUAAUCCACCUGAUCCAAAGGUUCAGGGUAGGCUAUUAGUAUAGGUGGAUGGUCCAUCGUCAAUUGUCAACCUUUUUAACUUUGUCUGUUGCAUUAUGUUACUACUUGACCCCUUUCAGGUGCCGCCAGAGCUAAGAAUAAGAACCUGUGCAAACAACUUUUUCUCAUGAAUUGGUUGAUGCCAAUCUCACAUACCAGAGGUUUACUAAGGUUCCCUAGUUGAACUGGCGCAUUUGGCCCAUAUGUUUAGUUUGUUACAUUACAGGUAAAAUAAUUCAGUCAGUCAGCGACGUUCAUGACAGAUCUUUGCAAAACAGGUUGUGAGAGGCGUAACAGCGUCCUUUUAAAUAUUGAUGCCAAAUUGUCAGAACUGUUUUUAUUUCUCGAGGUAAAUUCCUUAACAUGCGAUUAUUGAUCACAGUCAUGCAGUAUUGUCUUUAUUCAUUGUGAGCAAGUAUGUUGCUAAGAUAUUGUUCGAAUUUUCAAUUCAGGGUGCUGAAUAAUGGCAAAUAUUGAUGGACUGAAACCACUUCCAAUUGUACAUGUAAUUACAAGUGCGUAUGCUUACCAUAUAAAUGAAAGAUCAUGUUUCUGAUGUUUCGGCCCUUUUCUGAACUUGAGGUAUUACAACUAUGUCAGAACAUUGUGUACUGAGCUCUACAGUUCCCAUCCAGUUGAAAUGAAACUUGAGAUACAUCAUCUGCAUGAAAUUGAUGUGCCAGUAUUAUUGGAACUAUCAUGUCCAGUUAUUUUUACUGGAGAAAUGGCCCUGAUAUUGUCUGUGAAGCUUUUUCAGGGGGGCAUGUGCCAUACAAUGUUGACAUCAUUCUUGUUUACCUUUAUAUUAGAAACAGAAUAAACAGAAUAACAGAAAUCCUCUAGCUGUAUUCUUGCCAGUUCAUAUAAACUUGAUUUAACCCAGAAAUUGAACUUGCUCUAACACAGCUGCAGAAACUGUAUAUAAACACUAGACACAGAAGAGGUCAGACUGCUAUAAUGUACUACACUGGUCAUUGAUGUGAACAUGCAAUUGAAGGUUUGUACUUUGAAUUUGGAUUUAAAUGUUAAUAUACUUUUUGGCCAGGUUUUCGAGGAAAAAUCUGGCUUGUAGAUUCUUCAUGUGAGGAAGCCAUCCAGCUGGCUUACGGAAGGUUGGUGGUUCUACCCAGGUGCCCGCUUGUGAUGAAAUAAUGCACAGAGGGGCACCUGGGGUCUUCCUCCACCAUCAAAGCUGGAAAGUCGCCAUAUGAUCUAUAAUUGUGUUGGUGCGACAUUAAACCCAACAAAAUAAAUAAAACAUGACCCCUAUUGAUUUCGGGGUCACUGGGUCAGAGGUCAAGGUCACAAUGAGUCUCAUGUUAACCUUUUUGUUCAUUCAUUUUUAGCUUGACUAUACGAAGUACAAGGAGAGCUAUCCUACUCGACCCGGCGUCUGCGUCAGCGUCGGCGUCUUUCCACGUCCCCACCUUGGUUAAAGUUUUUUUACACUUUCUCUUUUUUCAACUUCUCUCUGUAAUUACUUGAUGGAUUUGAUUCAAACUUGAAAUAGUUAUUCCUCAUCAUCACCCACAUCAUCUGACAUAAGGGCCAUAACUCUGGCACCAAUAUUUCAUGAUUUAUCUCGCCUUUUCACUUAGUUUUUAAGGUUAAAGUUUUGAUGCACUUUCACUCUAUCUCUGUUAUUACUGAAUGGAUUUGAUUCAAACUUAAAAUACUUGUUUAACAUCAUCACCCACAUCAUAUGACACAAGAUGCAUAACUCUGGCACAAAUAUUUUAUUAAUUAUUCCCCCUUUUUACUUAGAAUUUCAGGUUAAAGUUUUGAUUCACUUUCACUCUAUCUCAGUUAUUACUGAAUGGAUUUGAUUCAGACUUAAAAUCGUUGUUCAACAUCACCACCCACGCCAUAUGACACAAGGUGCAUAACUCUGGCACCAAUUUUUCAUGAAUUAUUUCCCCUUGUUACUUAGAAUUUCAGGUUAAAGUUUUGAUUCACUUUCACUCUAUCACUGUUAUUACCGUAUGGAUUUGAUUCAAACUUAAAAUAGUUGUUUAACAUCAUCACCCACACCAUUUGGCACAAGGUGCAUAACUCUGGCACCAAUUUUUCAUGAAUUAUUCCCCCUUUUUACUAAGAAUUUCAGGUUAAAGUUUUGAUGCACUUUCACUCUAUCACUGUUAUUACUGAAUGGAUUUGAUUCAAACUUAAAAUAGUUGUUCAGCAUCAUCACCCACACCAUUUAACACAAGGUGCAUAACUCUGGCACCAAUUUUUCAUGAAUUAUGCCCCCUUUUAUUUAGAAAUGAAAGUUAAUUUUGAUGCAUUUUUCGCUGUAUCUCAGUUAUUAUGAAAUGCAUUUGAUUCAAACUUGAAGUAUUGUUCCACAUCAUCACCCACAUCAUAUGAUACAAGAUGCAUAACUCUUGCACCAAUAUUUUAAUUGAUUAUGCCCCCUUUUUGCUUAGGCUGUACUUGUAUGGUGUUUUGAUAUACUUUAUCUGUACUUCUCUUAUUACUUAAUAUUUUUGACACAGACUCAGGCUAUUGUGCAAUAUCUUCACCCACCAUUGGAGUUAAUAAACACUCCAGUGACAGUUCCAGUUUUCUCAGAUGUGCCCAGUUUCACUAUCCACCAUCGAAAUAGUCGAGCACGCUGUCUCCUGUGACAGCUAUUGUUUCUUAACAACUACUUAUCCAAACUUCAAGAAACUUGGUCAGAAUGAUCCCCUGUUAUCCUAGUUGGUCCAAAUUGAGGAUGGGGUUACUGGGUCAAAGGUCAAGGUCACAGGGACCUGAACAUUGAAAAUGGUUUCCGCUCAAUAUCUGGACAAGUAUUUCACCUAGGACCUUGAAACUUCAUAGGUAUGUUGGUCUUGAUGUGUACAUGACCCCUAUUCAUUUUGGGGUCUCCCUGGGUCAAAGGUCACAGAGACCUGAACAUUUAAAUUGGUGUUUUUAGCUCACCUGUCACAAAGUGACAAGGUGAGCUUUUGUGAUCGUGCGGUGUCCGUCGUCCGUCCGUGCGUCCGACCGUCCGUCCGUCCGUCCGUAAACUUUUGCUUGUGACCACUCUAGAGGUCACAUUUUUCAUGGGAUCUUUAUGAAAGUUGGUCAGAAUGUUCAUCUUGAUGAUAUCUAGGUCAGGUUCGAAACUGGGUCACGUGCCAUCAAAAACUAGGUCAGUAGGUCUAAAAAUAGAAAAACCUUGUGACCUCUCUAGAGGCCAUAUAUUUCACAAGAUCUUCAUGAAAAUUGGUCAGAAUGUUCACCUUGAUGAUAUCUAGGUCAAGUUCGAAACUGGGUCACGUUCCAUCAAAAACUAGGUCAGUAGGUCUAAAAAUAGAAAAACCUUGUGACCUCUCUAGAGGCCAUAUAUUUCACAAGACCUUCAUGAAAAUUGGUCAGAAUGUUCACCUUGAUGAUAUCUAGGUCAAGUUCGAAACUGGGUCACGUUCCAUCAAAAACUAGGUCAGUAGGUCAAAUAAUAGAAAAACCUUGUGACCUCUCUAAAGGCCAUAUUUUUCAUGGUAUCUGUAUGAAAGUUGGUCAGAAUGUUCAUCUUGAUGAUAUCUAGGUCAAGAUCGAAACUGGGUCACGUGCGGUCAAAAACUAGGUCAGUAGGGCUAAAAAUAGAAAAACCUUGUGACCUCUCUAGAGGCCAUAUAUUUCAUGAGAUCUUCAUGAAAAUUGGUCAGAAUGUUCAUCUUGAUGAUAUCUAGGUCAAGUUUGAAAGUGGGUCACGUGCCAUCAAAAACUAGGUCAGUAGGUCAAAUAAUAGAAAAACCUUGUGACCUCUCUAGAGGGCAUAUUUUUCAUGGGAUCUGUAUGAAAGUUGGUCAGAAUGUUCAUCUUGAUGAUAUCUAGGUCAAGUUCGAAAGUGGGUCACGUGCCGUCAAAAACUAGGUCAGUAGGUCAAAUAAUAGAAAAACCUUGUGACCUCUCUAAAGGCCAUAUUUUUCAUGGGAUCUGUAUGAAAAUUGGUCUGAAUGUUCAUCUUGAUGAUAUCUAGGUCAAGUUCGAAACAGGGUCAUGUGCGGUCAAAAACUAGGUCAGUAGGUCUAAAAAUAGAAAAACCUUGUGACCUCUCUAGAGGCCAUACUUAUGAAUGGAUCUCCAUAAAAAUUGGUCAGAAUGUUCACCUUGAUGAUAUCUAGGUCAGGUUUGAAACUGGGUCAUGUGCCUUAAAAAACUAGGUCAGUAGGUCAAAUAAUAAAAAAACCUUGUGACCUCUCUAGAGGCCAUACUUUUCAUGGGAUCUGUAUGAAAGUUGGUCUGAAUGUUCAUCUUGAUGAUAUCUAGGUCAAGUUUGAAACUGGGUCAACUGCUAUCAAAAACUAGGUCAGUAGGUCUAAAAUUAUUAAAAUCUUUUGACCUCUCUAGAGGCCAUAUUUUUCAAUGGAUCUUCAUGAAAAUUGAUCUGAAUAUUCACCUUGAUGAUAUCUAGGUCAGUUUCGAAACUGGGUCACGUGCGGUCAAAAACUAGGCCAGUAGGUAUAAAAAUAGAAAAACCUUGUGACCUCUCUAGAGGCCAUAUUUUUCAUGAGAUCUUCAUGAAAAUUAGUGAGAAUGUUCACCUUGAUGAUAUCUAUGUAAGGUUCAAAACAGGGUCACGUACCUUCGAAAACUAGGUCAAUAGGUCAAAUAAUAGAAAAACCUUGUGACCUCUCUAGAGACCAUAUUUUUCAAUGGAUCUUCAUGAAAAUUGGUCAGAAUUUUUAUCUUGAUAAUAUCUAGGUCAAGUUCAAAACUGGGUCACAUGAGCUCAAAAACUAGGUCACUAUGUCUAAUAAUAGAAAAAACGACGUCAUACUCAAAACUGGGUCAUGUGGGAAGAGGUGAGCGAUUCAGGACCAUCAUGGUCCUCUUGUUUAUGUCUCCCGCCACACAGUGGUGUGGGAGACAUAUUGAUUUACUCCUGUCUGUGUGUGUGUCUGUCUAUCUGUCUGUCUGUCACAAAGCUUGUCCACACUCUAAGUCGAACAUUUCUCAUCCGAUCUUCACCAAACUUGAACAAAAUGUGUUUGCCAAUAAGUGCUCGGCCAAAUUCGAUAACUAGCCAAAUCGGCCCAGGCACUUCGGAACUAUGGCCCUUGAAUUACCAAAAAACGCUCAGAUUUCUUGCACAUUUUUGACCUUAGAAGGACCCCUAUACUACUUUUAAAAGUAGUAUAUGGGUCCUUUUGAGGUCAAUAAAGUGCGUGCGCAUGUUGUCUAAGUAAACAGUAUAUAAAGACUGACUUACUAUUUUGAUAAUUAGGCAGUUGUGGGAGACAUGCGCUUUUCUCAAAAGCAUCUCAAGUCUUACUUUGAUUUUUUAACACCAAUUUAUUUCUUUAAUUUCAUUUUCUACCUGUCCAUUUCUUUUUUCCCCUUUUUCCUUCAAUAGUGCUUAUUAAUUUGGGGGUUAUUUAUUGUAUGCCUUUAUUAGAACUUUAACUCAUUAUGACCUAAUUCGGAAAACCCAGCCAAAACGCUGUCAGGCGUUAGCUGCUUGUUCUGUGUAUAUAAGGUUUAGAUUGGUCAUUUUAUCCUGUCUUAAGUACAGUAGAUAUAAAUAUUUUUCAGAAAAUGAAUUUGAUUUUAAAUACUUUUUGCUGUGUUGCUUCUAAUAGUGCCAUACAUAUACCUGGUGUCUUGUAUGAGUGAUCACUAUCACAUUUUAAACUAAGUAUAGUUGUUCCCUUUCAUAAAACCUGUGUCAUUAUACUUAUAAUCAAUGUCAAGUGAGUUAGCCUCAUGAUGGUACUUGUGUAUUGUAUAGGACCGAUCCUACCCUUUUACUACACAAGUUUGUGUAUAUUUAAUCAGGUCUGAUCUCAGUUUUUUGUAACUUUUUAGUGUUAGUCAAUGAUAUGCUGUAAAAACCAUUGUGAUUCUUAUCACAUACUGUACUGUCUUUUUUAAAAGUCAUAUGAUAUUCAAGGGCAUGGCUGGUAUAGUUUACAUUUUAAGGAAGUUUGCUGUUUAAAUGGUUACUUUAAAAUUUAUAUCCAAGAAACCGUUAUAAAAGUCCUUUGGACCUUGAGCAAUAAUUGUUACUUUUGACAGGCAAAUUGUUCUGGUGUGUAAUGUUAAAAGAACUUGUGCAUGCUGUUUGAUCCACCUGCUUUAUAACAACGUUUUUCCUUGAUUUCUCUUUAUAUAUAUUUGAGUACCAUUUAUAUUAUGCAUCAUAUUAAAGAACUCCAGUGGUGAUAAUAGGAACUUCUUUACCUUCAAAAUGCCCUCAUAAGCUACGAAUUUAUUGUCAAAAGCACUUUGGAAAAGGGCAUUUCCUGUUGUAUAUUUCAGUCACCAAAACGUUUCGAAAACUUUCUGUUUACUUGGCCAUGAAAUGGACGUAAACAAUUACCUUGAAUAUUCAAGUAGAUCCUACUACCACCCAUGGAGACACUUUGAAUGAUUAUUUCUGAUAUCUAGAUUAUGCAAAGUUAAGCUGCAGUUCAAGAAAAAUCAGUGUCUGCUGUGUAGCAAAAAAGGUUUACUUUAUACAGUGACAGGUUUUUCACAAAGUGGUGCACUUUUUAAUGACAGAUCAGUCUGUGCUAACUAUACACAUGUAUUUAUUUGAAGAAUAAACUUUAAAAAUAA